AUGGUUAGCACACAUUGUGUUAUUCAUCUGCAAGCUUUGAAAUUACACCAGACUUUGGACUCGGCUAUAAGGAUUGUAAACUACAUCAAGAGCAGUGCUUUGAACAGUCGGUUAUUAACUUUACUUUGCGAGGAUCUCGAUUGUGAUCACAAAGUUCUUCUGUUCCAUACAGAAGUACGCUGGCUGUCCAAAGGCAACAUGUUGCCUCGCCUUUAUGAAUUGAAAGAAGAGGUAAUUCUUUUCCUUGAGUUCAAAGAAAAACACGACUUCUUGACAAUGUUCAAAGGAGGUUGGCUUAUUUAA